GUUUCUCCUCGAUUUGGCUUUCUGUCCGUGCUGGUCACGGAUCACGUGACUCACGGGGUGCCUCUUGGGCUAGGACUCAUGUAUAUAGGAGGCAUGGACCCCACUCUCUCCCAUUUCUCCUUAUCUCGUAGAAUAACACCACUUCGGCACCUGCCAGGCACCACCUGGUGGUUUGACCCAUCACACUUUCCCUGUUCUCGCUUGCUUCCCCAAACCCUCGCUGUCCCUUGCCCCCAGAACAGGGUCCGGCCUUAGUCACCAUGGCCGACGCUGCUCCCCCUCCAGCCAUUAUUCGCACCGAAACCAACGGGCCCAUGGUUACGGCCCUCGCCAUCUUCCUCCUCAUGAUCAACGUGGUUUUUCUUUCGCUCCGCUUUAUUACUCGAGGCCUAAUCCUCAAGGCCGUAGGCAAAGAUGAUUUGGCCACUUUGGCUGCCGGUGUUGGUUCCAGCCUUUUUCAUUCCUAAUUCUCUUUUUCAGCGUUUAAAGUUUCAUCGACAAGGGUUUUAAUGCUAACGGAAAAGCGGCAAUUUUCCACAGGUUUUGGCUAUCACCUGUUCCAUCGCGGUGUGCUUCGAGGUCAAAUACGGCAUGGGACGGCAUGUCGAAAAUGUUACCCCAGAGGAGACGAUAAUGCAGCUGAAGGCCCUCAUGGUCGCCAUUUGCAGCUACACCCAGGGCAUGAACUUGAUCAAACUGGGAUUCUUGUUCCAAUACCGGCGCAUCUUUUCCCACGUCCGAUAUGUCCAAACCGUUUGUUUCUGGUUCAUCGUUUUUGUAUUCAUCUGGGCAGUCGUCCAGUUGAACUUCCUCUUUUUCAUGUGCUUCCCCUACAGCGUUAUUAACCCGAGCAUGGUCGGCCGAUGCCUUGACACCCUUCCGAUUUGGUACCUCACCGCCGCGUUAAGCAUGGCUACCGACUUUGCAAUUUUCUGCAUCCCCUUGCCCGCGGCCUGGAGGCUCCAGCUCCGAGCGCGGCAGAAAGUUAUGGUGUUGGGCAUUUUCAGCUUGGGCUUCUUCGUUUGCAUCGUCUCCGUCUACCGGCUUUUCACGCUCUACCCUGGCGUCGUCAGCACGGACCCGACCUGGGACAACAUUGGGGCCGCCAUUUGGUCCAUCGUCGAACUUACAGCCGCCAUCGUGGCCUCGUGCCUGCCUACACUCCGGCCCCUGCUCGCGCGCGUCCUGCCCGGUAUAGGGCUUUCGAGCGCCCGCAACGGCUACAGCCGGAGUCGCAGCGCCUACCUGCGCCAGGGCUCCACCGGCGGCGGCGGCUUGCACCGGACGAAGUCCGCCGCGGUCGUUUCUAGCGCCGCCGGCGACCGCGGCGGCAACCAGACCGACAGCUUUAACAGCGAGGAGCUGGCGCUGCGGGACAUCGGGGCCGGCAGCGUUAGGACCGACGUCGACGCCGAGGAGAUGGGCCUCGGGGCGGGCCGCGGCGUCGGGAUGCCGAGCGGAACCUACGCCAACGCGUCCUCGGACCACCAGCCCGCCAACCUUUUCGCGUCGGACAAGCAGCAUAACGUGGGUGGGAUCAUGAUGACAACAAAGAUAACGGUCGAUUCAGGGGCUCGGUAGGGAGGGAUACUAGUCAGGAAGGGUUGAUUUUUUUUCUUCCUUUCUUUUUCCUUUUGCUUUUGCGCAUGCUGUUCUUUUACUUCGGCUGUAUUUGGGGUCGGGUACGUACGGCUUAGUGUUUGGGCCUUAAAUAAACAAAGUGCGUAUAGCGAAAGGAGCACAGGGACUACUUUUCAGCGAUGCCUCUUAAUGCAGCAAAC